GUUCAGCUCAGUGUUACCCGUAACGAUCUGGCGCCAAGGAAUGAAUGAGGACGAUUAGGGAGGACCUUUUUGCCGCAGUGAAUACAACAACAUUUUGAGGUUGGUUGCUGCAUGGCCUAGAUACUAAUCGGUAGAAUGUUUUGAUUCUCUCUGUGGUAUGACGAAUGAAAGACUCCCAUACCAACUUUUGCGUAGUAUGUCCGCCAAGCGUUUGCCAUGCGUCGGGUGUGCGUGGCAGACGAACGCAAAGAAAACCAAAGUGUUUGAUCAGUGAAUGAGGUCGUCUUGGUUCGGCCAACGCUACAUUAACCAUGUCGUUCGGUCAGUCACCCCUUUCCCGUAUUCGCAAAUUCACCCGUCGGAGCCACGAUAUGCUUCUUCACACUGUUGACGGUCUGUUUGCAAGGCAUAUCUCAUGCCCCACAACACAACCCCCGCCACCAUCGUUCAAAGUAUCGCACUUCCUUCAAAAGCACAAUCUACCAUCAUCAUUUGUCCACUGAGCGAUUUCGUAAUGCCUACUAGCGACAAGAAUCGCAGCAAGAAGUCCGGCUCUGGCAGCCACUACCAAUACACCCACACCUCCACUCGGGACGAUCACAACAUUCACUGUCCCCCCACCCCUCUCGUACAACGUAAUUCCCUCGCCGCCCCCAUCCCACUUUGGAAUGACGCCACCUUCGCACUCCCGACUUCUCUCGCACCCAGCCCAUCGCGUCAACAACCUUGUCUACCUGGUUUCCCAGGAUUGCACACUAUGGUGACUAAUGCAUGUCCAGACCAACAACAUGUGAAUUUCCAAAACGAUCUGUCGAAUGUAACCGGGAGGGAUAUGGAUACAGGGUUUAAUCGGCAACCGCGCCGAGGAGAGCCGCGACGGCCGCCGAGGCUGGAGAAGGAAGGAGUUUUCGUCGGGCGGGUGGAGGAGCGUGAUGAGAGAAUUCCAAGGGAGCAGAAGAGGAGAAGGGAGUUCAAGCCGUUCGUUGACAUGCCAGAAGAGGGCAGUGCUCGGAAGAAGAAGGACGUUGAUGUUGAGAAGAGACCUGCGCUAGGAAGUAAGGAUGUGAACCAGAAGCUUAACCCGCCGGCUUUGCUGACUCGAAAAUCUUGUACUCUCGACCCGAGUAACAGCAUUGGGAAGAGCGGAGCUACGCAGCAGGUUUCUGAUCCGGAAGAUAUGCCUGGUCCGGCAUCUCAUAGCAAACCAUCGGUCAUGAUGUCCGACGUACGGAAAAGAAGGCGGGAAGCAGAUUUCGACCGUUCGCUCCCAUCAGCCAAAGAAACUAUUCGAAUGUCCAUACACAUCGAGGAACCAGCUCCCUUGACCAUCCAAAAAACGCAAAUCCCUACUGACCUCCAACCACUAUCCCCCACCAUCCAACACUUGCGAAAGCUACGCGCAGAGGAUCAAGAAUUUCGACUCGCGAAGUUAUGGGCAGAGGAGCAAGAGACAAAUCUAGCAGAAGACGGGACCGUGCCGCACCUCCGAACCCACAACCCACUUGAAAAAGAGACGAAGAACGUUGAUUCUGACCCACGCCGAAAACCUCUUGAUGAAACUGAAAGCGACGCGAGCUCCGUCUCGGAGAUGACCCGCCUGACCAGUGCGUUGGAGGAUUGGUGUGUAUUCCAGAACCUGACUUCUCUAUCAUCCGACUCUCCUGGUCUUACCUAUACCUCGUUCGAGAGGAAGAGUGCCGUACCCAAUAGUCUAAAUCUGAAGGCAAGCAAGUCUGCGAAAAAAAGCGCGAGGAGAGGUGCGACGAAGUCUGUAGAGUCAUUCUCGACGGCUGCUUCAGAACAUUUUGAGAGGUUGGGGACACCGACGGGGAGUGAGACGGAGAUUAACGGGGCAAGGAAGAAGUGGUAUCGAGGAUUUCGAAAGUAGGGAGGUCGUUAGAUGAUGUUGAGUGGAAAGGUUUGAGCACUGAUGAGUGUGUCUUGAGAAGUGUCGGGAUGGUUCAAUACAACAGUGUAUUCACGUC